GGCGGCCCGUUACUAACCACUGCACCGCGCAGGAGCUCUGGCAACAACCACAACGGAGGAUUGGAGCAUAGCAAUACUGCCAGCGAAAUAACAACAGAGAAAGAUAGCUGUCUGAAUACAAGGAUGGCAGUGAAUGUGCACGCUACGUCUGUGUCCUGUGACACCCUGAGCCGACAUGACAUGCUGGCCUGGCUCAACGACUCCCUGCACCUCACCUACACCAAGAUAGAACAGCUCUGCUCGGGGGCAGCGUACUGUCAGUUCAUGGACAUGCUGUUUCCAGGCUGUGUCCUUCUAAAGAAGGUCAAGUUCCAGGCCAAGCUGGAACACGAGUUCAUACACAACUUCAAGGUUCUCCAGGCUGCCUUCAAGAGGAUGGGCGUUGACAAAAUAAUUCCUGUGGAGAAGCUGGUAAAAGGAAAGUUCCAGGAUAACUUUGAGUUCGUGCAGUGGUUCAAGAAAUUCUUUGACGCCAACUAUGAUGGGAAGGAGUACGACCCGCUACAGGCCAGACAGGGACAAGAUGUGAACCCCGCCCCCAAUCCAGGUGAUCACUUUUCCCACAGACCAAAGAGAACUCAUGGCCCUGCAGGCCCCCAGAGGCACUCGCCCACGGUGCCCAAGAUCCUACCCACGCCCCAGAGGGUGCUGAACACCACUGUGCAUGUGAGGAAGGCCCCGGCCCUGACGCGGAACGGGGGCACAGACGCGGAACUCUUGGAGCUAAAUCAACAGUUGAUGGAGCUGAAGUUAACAGUGGACGGACUAGAGAAGGAGAGAGAUUUCUACUUCAGUAAGCUGAGAGACAUUGAGCUAAUCUGUCAGGAACACGAGAGUGACACCAACCCUCACCUCUCCAGGAUCAUGGACAUUCUCUACGCCACAGAGGAUGGCUUUGCUGCUCCAGAUGAUGACGAGAUUGAUGGACAGGCCCACUUGGACCAGGAUGAAUACUGAGUCUCUAAUACCUUCUGUCUAUUCACAUCCCCCUCUCCCUCCUCUAAUAGCUUCUGUCUAUCCACAUCCCCCUCUCCCUCCUCUAAUAGCUUCUGUCUAUCCACAUCCCCCUCUCCCUCCUCUAAUACCUUCUGUCUAUUCACAUCCCC